AUGGCGCCUCCAGGACAGCAGAGCCAUAAGCUACACGAGACGUAUGGAAUCAACAACCCCGUGCCGAAGGUCUCGCUGCGGAGCAUCGUCGACCCGAGGCAGGGCACGGAGAGCAAGGCGAAGAAGGUGACGGGGAAUGAGCGGGAGGAGGAGCAGAAGCAGAAUGAAAAGUAUGCCGGCGAGAUUGAGAAAGAGGCGGUUCAGGUGAAGGAUCCAGUGACGGGCGACGAUGUGAAAAUCAAACAUGGCGACGACGAGCCGGAUCCGCGAAGCACCGGGGAAAACAUCCUCGAGCAAGACUUCCCGCCGCCCGACUGGGCAGCGCACCGUCGCCGCGUAGUCUCCAUCACCACCCAGCUAGUGAUCUGCAUCUCCCUCGCCUACGCCCUCUCGCCCCUCAUCGUAUACAUGCUCGUGCACCAGCCGCUCUUCCCGUCCUCGCUCCGGCCCACUUCCAGCGCCGCCCAGCUGUUCACGCUCGUCCUGUCGCUGGUGCCCCCGACGCUCUAUACGUAUGGGUGCAUGUACAAGCUGCGGAACGACGCAGAUAGCGAUUUCGACGACAGGCUCUGGCAUGCGGAGCGCGAGCGCGGGUGGAGGGGCGGGCAGGACAGGGACAAUGACGGCACGGUCGAGGGCGAGGAGCGCUUCAAGGAGAGCGCAGAGUGGGUGAAUGACCUGGUGAAGGGCGUCUGGCCGAUCAUCAACCCGGACUUGUUCGAUUCUCUGCUGGACAUGCUGGAGGAUAUCAUGCAGUCCAGCGUGCCUCGGUUCAUCCACUCCGUCCGCGUAUCCGACUUUGGCUUCGGGACGACCCCGAUGCGCAUCACCUCUGUCCGGUCCCUCCCCGACGCCGGUACCGACACCGUGAUGGAAGGCCUAGACGAAAAGGCGCGCGACCACUUGAACGCAGAGCAUAUCAAUCUCGAGGUGUCGUUUGCGUACCGUGCGAUGCCGAGUGGGAGUACGGUCGACACAAAGGCGCAUAAUCCGCACUUGUUGACGGAGUUCUUCCUCGGGAUGAGGGGUGUGUUCGCAGAGAGCGUUCCUGUUUGGGUCGAGUUGACUGGAGUUGCUGGGACUGCUCGGCUUCGAAUGGAGCUCAUCCCCGACCCGCCAUUCAUCAAAACCACGCUGGUGACGCUCAUGGGCCUCCCGUCGAUCUCCCUCUCCGUCGUGCCCAUGUCCGAGCGUCUGCCAAACGUGAUGAACGUGCCGCUCCUGAGCGACUUCAUCGCGAAGAGCAUCAACGCGGCUGCGGCGGAGUACGUCGCUCCGAAGAGCCUCACGCUGGAUUUGCAGCAGCUUAUCAGCGGGGAUGACAUCAAGAAAGAUACGCAGGCGAUGGGCGUGCUCAUCGUGCAUAUCCACCGCGCGGUCGGGCUGAAGAAGAUGGACGCGAGCGACGAGAAGCCAGCAGCAGACCCCUACGUAACCCUGACCUUCUCGAAGCAGGGCAAGCCGCUGUUCAGCACGCGCAUCAUCGAGGGCGAUCUGAACCCCGUGUUCGAGGAGACGGCGGCGCUGCCUGUGGACCCGAAUACGGUGAAGAUUGGGGAGAAGCUGAGUCUGCAGGUGUGGGAUUCGGACCGGGCAAGUGCUGAUGACAUGAUGGGCUUCGUCGAGGUCGAUAUCAUAGAUCUCAUGCGCGAGAAGAACACGCCCGUCCGCCGCUGGACGCCCCUGGCGAGCCCGGACGACCAGUCCCGGCCGGGCGAGAUCGAGUACACCGUCGGGUACUACAGCAAGAUGGCGCCGAAUACGUCUAUGAAGACGGAUGGGAGCGAUCCUGGGAUUCCCGAGGACCUCAAGAACGAGCCUGCGUUCCAGCAGGCGAGAGCCGUGGCUCUGAACGACCUCGAGGCGGCGGUGCUGUGCACGCCGCCCGAUCCCGCCUGGCCGAGUGGGAUUCUGAGCGUGCAGGUGCAUGAGAUUAAGGGCUUGACGGUGAAGAAGUUCGGGAAACAGAAUAGGGGGAAGUCUGGGGAGAAGGGACAGGAAGAGGGGGAGAAGGAGCAGGAGGAGGGAGAGGGCUUGCCGAGUUCGUAUGCUUGCAUUGAGAUCAACGAUCAACUAGUGUAUUCGACUCGUGUCAAGCCCGUGACGGCGACGCCGAUCUUCAAUGCGGGCACGGAAAGGUUCAUCCGCGACUGGAGGACUGCGCAUGUCAGCGUUGUGGUGCGCGACCAGAGGAUGCGGGAGAAUGACCCCGUCCUUGGUAUGGUGUUCCUCAAGUUGUCGGAACUCCUCGUUCACGCGUCCGAGAUCACCAGAUCUUACUCGUUGGAACAUGGAGUGGGCUACGGGCGGAUCAGGAUAUCGGUCCUCUUCCGACCUGUGCAGGCCAAGUUGCCGCCGCACCUGCUAGGCUUUGAUACCGGCACCCUUGUGGUGCGCAACGUCCGCGCACGGCCGAGUCAAGAACAUCUUGCGGAGCUGGCAAAGUGCGCUCUGCAUAUGAAGACUUACACUAGUGGAACGAAACUGUCCAGGUCUACGGCGGAGAAGCAGGAAGACGGAUCGAUUGUCUGGCAGGUGGACAAGCCGUCGGAGAUACCUGUGCAGAAGCGCUACAGCUCUUCGUUCUUCGUCGCGUUCAAGACCACAAGUCCUAUCACGGGAACGAAGAAGCGGGCCCUGGCUGUUCUCUGGCUACGCGAUAUCGUUGACAGCGAGGACAAGGCUAUUACUGUGACCCUAUGGCAGUCCGAGGACUACAGCAGACUGAAGCACAAUUAUGUCCCUUUGGACGGAGACUUGUCUGCUUGGGACGCAGACAAGCAGAAGAUGCACAAGAUCGGAACCGUUGAACUUGAUGUGACUUUUGUACCCGGAGUCACUGCGGCCCACCAGCGCGUCAUGAACCGCAGAAAUAAGGAGAUGAAGCAAGCAUGGGAGGAAUUCGAUCGCAGGGAGGCUGCGGGCCUGACGGAUAAAGUCGGGCAACAGAGCUCUGAACUGCAAGAAGCGGCGGCCCAAGAUGCCAAGAGUCGUAGAACCGACUCCGACAGCGUCGACAGCGUCGGAACCUCCUACACCGAAGUGAACCCGGAGGACGUUCAUAUGGAUGUGCACGACGCGAAAGGCGGAGUUGACGAACAUCACGAUCACGAUAACGCUGACUACGACGAAAGCCACGAAUCGGAACAGGAAGGAGAUGAGAAGACGCACAAUCCGAUCAAGAAACUCAAGCAAUGGCGAGAGCACGAACAUGAGCUUGGACGUGAGCACAGGGGUCUGAAGCAGGCCAAGCCCGCCAGGACCGCGGAGUGGAUCAAGGACAACGUUGAAAAUGCUGUCGACAAGGUUGAAGGCCGCUUCAAGCAACGCAGCCGGGAACCCGACGUCGAGACGGAAGUGUAAUGUGUCAGUGAUAUACUGCCGAACACCUUCAUCAACGGGUGCUGUACGAUAAUGAGUGGGUAUCGGACACCUUGGAUAAUCUGGUAUAUAAUAUGUAGUUGUAUACAAUGUACUAUCUAAUGACUCACGCUG